CGUUACUCUGCAUUGUGAUAUUACUUAACUCUGCUUCGCCAUGAAGCUUGACUGAAAACACGACUGCGGCUCUCGCUCCCCGGUGUCGACAUUAUGCCACUUUUGGCUGAGCCGCUGCUGCAUUCUCCGCCGCUGCACCCGCCCUCAACACUGCAUUGUUGACCGCAGGCCCUGAUGACAUAUGCGAUAUGUUCGGUUCCAGUCUUCUCCUGGUGUUGGAGGGGUGGGGUUGAAGAGUGCAUGGUCCUUUACCUAAACGUAACCAAACUUGAGUUGAUGAGCCUGCCCAGCAUCUUUCGGGGACUGGCACAUUUUGAUAUGCGCCAAAGACUCAGGUGCUCCGCCAUCAUUAACGAUGCACUUGACGAGGCAACCAAUAUGUGCAUUCGAGGCUUGCCGUGCGGCCCUUCCGCUGAGCUGCACAAGGUGAUCCAACAACACAAAGGAUCAUGCUCUGAGGCAGAAGACAAAGGGCUAUGCCAAAUAAUCACACUUACACAUCUGCCGCCCAAUCAUGGCCCAUCUUUACUGUUGGCUGACUCUGAGAGUCUCCAACAGCCUCCGCGUCUUUUUAGCUUCUGAACUCGAUCAACCUAUUCCCGCACGGCCGCCUACUCACCAUCAAACAUCAAAUGGGGGCGCCGUCUUGUCUGUUGAUAUUCAUAGUCCAGCGCCAACCAAGACUGCCUUUCUUUUUGUAGGAGACGUCUUCGAAACUACGAAUCUCUAGCUCGACAGCGCCGGCCCAGACGCCAUCUUGGCACUUUCAUUAUCGAAAAGCUUGCCUAUCCCUGCGAAUCCGAAAUGAAUGGCAACGCUGUGUGACACCCCCUAACCCGAGGAUUUUCAGAGACAAGAUGCUCAAAUCGCAGCACUUGUUUAGGCAUAUGAAUCCGUCCGACUACGGCUACGGAAAUCGCCCCGGACAUGCGUCCACACGUCUACAGCAUUGAAUCACACCAUGGUCGCGAAUACGGCAUUCCAACUUGUCGGCCCCCGACAACUGAUAACACCCGCAGGUCACACACGUAGCGGUCGGUGACCCGUGGAUGCAAACGAGGCCAAGAUUAAAUACCCAAUGUUGAUAUACCCCAGCAUCGUACCUCGCCAGUGCCUUGUCAUCGAAAUUUUCGAGAUCACGUAAAGACGGAUCGGUUCAUCGUGUCUGGCCGGUAGUGUCAGUCUCGCGCUGGGCUCUCAUUGACUUGGCGUCUCUCAAAACUCAAGAAUACAGCUUCGUGCGCACCGUAAGCUUGGUGAUAUGUGCUUAAUUCUCGCCUACCACCACAACCAACCACCGGGCCUCAAAUGAGAGUCAUCAGCAAGACGCUUGUGGCCUGGUAGUCCGGCUGGUCUGCUCCCGCCAUCUUUAUCACAACCUACCACAUCGGCGAUGAUUCAUUAUAUUGAUAGAUGAUGAUAAUGAGACGGUUGACAGAUCGAAGCUACUUGAGGAAAAUUGCAACAGCAUUGUGUGCAAGAGCACAUCUUACAGCGCAACCCUGAGGUUGACUCGGCAAAUACUGGUCUAGAUUAAGACUAUAGAGUACUUUGCUUUGAAUCAACAGACAAGGCGGCACUGAAGGUUUCCGACACCUCCCCUACACGGAGCUAUAAAGUCUGUUGACAUCCUGACGAGAAAUGAUGCUCUGCAGCUCUAUCCAUGAAUCAGGUGGCUCACAAUCCACAAUGACAAGAUUUGCCUUCAUUUAGCAAGCCACUCACUUGGUUGCUCGAAGCCUGUUGUUGCGACGUUCUCCUUAUCACUCCACGCCCCUCAACAUGUAUGUACGGUUCUAAUUAUUUGAUCCAAGCGUGAGGAAUUUAUGAUGCAGGGAUGCCCAGACCCGGUUGAAGUCCCACGCUUACAGUACAUCCCCCAUCACUAAUUGCUGUCCUACCGUACAUUUGUACAGCCUACAUACAGUCCAGUCUACGUAUGUCUACGUAUGUACAGCUUGGACGAGGGCUUUUGUAGAUAUGAGGUUGCCAGGGGUCUGUCAUCCCCUGCUUCGCUAUUGAUUAACUUUGACCUCUUGUUGGUCCAACAUGACUCUUGCUCGGCUACGACACAUGCUUUCUCCUCACCAUCUUGGCGCUGUUCCUCUCAGCCCUCGGAUGAUGAUCAAUCGAUAUUUCUGGAACAAAGGGUAAACCGGCAAUAUCACUUUGGCCGUGGCGUAGGGUGAAGCCCGACAGUGAUCUUUACUCCAAACUGCUUAUUAUUGGAUUUUCGGAGCAGUCCAGGCCAUGCCACGACAAAUCAUAGUUUGGGCGAGAGCUCAGCCUCAAUUCGUCGAUGGCACUCCGCGACCGUUUCGUAGGAGUUGUUGCACGCCUUUCAUCAAUUGGGCAUCUACCUAUACAUGGUACGUAUGGUGAUACCCUCCGUGUCGACGUUGAGUUUCGGUACUACCUGGCAAGAUGGUGGCAUCAUCAUCGCAGAAGGGGCACGGCGGUGUUCAUCUCUACGUUCUUGGUUGGUAUCCCUACCAUGAUCGAGGCUGACCUGAAACUUUGGUCAAGAGACUCGACUUUCCAGGACUUUCUUCACUGCUGCGUGCCUCACAACAAUGUUUAUAGAAUUCACCAGGCAAGAAAACUGACGAGGUAUAAUGGUUGUACGGCUUUAAAACAUACGGUGGUCUCAGUUGGAAUGCUCAUGAUGAAAGACUGUCGUUGGCACGCCUGUUGAAACCUCAGGGUAGGUGACGAUGAUAGGACAUCCUUGUAUCUCUGGGCUUACGAACCAUUCGGACGAGCCAACUACCAACCCGAACUUUGGUCCUCAUGAUGCCCCUCAAUUCAGCAUUUCGCAAGAGAGUUUCACGCUCACCUUGGUCUAAGGAGGGGACAGUUGAACACAAUGUGGAGGGUAGUUGUGUAUUUUGUUCCCAAACAUCCGAAGCACAGACAUGAUCAACGAAAGUGAGGAGGAGCGUCCAAAAGCAGCUUCAGUCAACAUCUUGGCUUGUUAUUUGUUUCCUUUGAAAGACAUGGGAGACAUUGAACAAGGGGAAUAUCGGUAGAGGGGUGGAAAAGACAAGAUCCGAGGGGCCCUGGUUCGAGUAAGGCGUCAAGGAUCUAAAACAACAAGAGGGAGAGGGAGCAAGAGAGGGCCAUUGGCCUCCAAUCGGUCCAUGCAAGCACUUUACGCGCGGCGCGUUCAGCCGGCGUUUAGUCCAGACGGGGAGACUGACACCAUGACCCGAGCCAAUUCUUUCCCCUCCCUCGCAUUGGCUUGUCUUGCUUUGCCUUGCUUUAUGAUCCGUAUUCCAUCCAAGUAUCUUUCUGUUAUGUUUUGGCUCCUAGGAGUCCUCUGAUCUGAUAUGAUCUUUCGCCGAAAAUCACGCCCCCAUGUCUACGGUGUUCUGCGGCGGCGUCAGAAUUUACUUGGCUUUGUCUGCGGGGCUCAUAUUCGCUCGAGCCUCGUGCAGUCAAUCCUUGAGCGGAGCCGGAGACUGGCUGGGCUGGGCUGAGCUGAGCUGAGCCGAACCGCACUGAACAGGGCUCAGCUGUGGUUGCGGCCGUGGCCAGGGCGGAUGCGGAUUUUCCCUUUGUUAUCUCAUGUGUUAGUUUCAUGAGCACGAGGUGUAUGCAGUACACGACUCGCAGCAUUGGCAUGUGUCCAUUUCAAGGCCUCCCACCGUAAGGCUUGCCAAUUGGACAAAUUGCCGCUCGUUUCAUUGGGCUUGUUCCCUCAAACUGCAUAUUCAAGAUGGCCAGCGCUACCGCUUCAUAAGCCCAUGCUCUCACAGACCCUGCAACUGAUGCUAUGGCGUUUCUUUGCCUGUUGCCUUCUGCAUUCGUCACAGGCUCUCUCCAGCUUUGAAUUGACAUUUCUCUACGCAUUAUGGCUUAGAGUAAGCUAAGUGGCGUACUCAAGGUUGAUGAUGGUAGUGUUGAGGUCUGGAAAGUUCGAAAUGUCAACAAGGACCACCUUAUAUAUACUUAAGAUUAAAAAAAAAGACUGAGAACUGUCCAUCAGCGGAAUCUACGUGGAUCUGUGACUUGCCAGGGUAUCACGAUUUAACGUUAGGUCAUGGGCUUCCAUGGGAGGACUCCCGCUUCAACAACUGGCAACAAAACAGGCAACAGCCAGAAAAUAGGAGAACAGAGUCCUUUUGGCCGAGUGUCCACCAAGAGGGAAGCAUUUUAGAGGUCAUCCGGAGUAUCAUACAUCGCUGGGAUUUUAGGAUUCGUUGCUUUUGACAGAUGCUGCAAUGAGUGACACCGUCAGACUUCAGGAUACUCUUCUGUCUGUGAGAACAUUUAAGACAUAACGUAUCCUAUAAACAGAAUGGCUUGUUACUUGAAUGAUGCUCAGGCCGUAGGCAAUGCCUACACAUAGGUAUGUCCUCAAACCUGAUGGUGCUUGCAAGAUUAUCCGCUCUGGCUUUAAUGCCACUCAAGUCAACUGAUACCUUUUGACUUCUGACAGUGAUCAGAGUAACUCAAACUGCAGCAAUAUUGAGAUUGAAUUGGUGGCAGUCGGGUUCAUGUAUGUAUAUGCUGUGCUGGAUUGCGUACCACGAGGUUCUGAGAAUGACACAGCCUUCAACAUAAUGGGUCUUGUUGUUAUCGUUGCGUGUUGUUGACGAGUAAUUCGCGUUGGUGGCAAGGCCAUUCUCUCAUUAACCUCUCAGACUGAAUCUGGGAGCUGGGUAAAUACAAGAGAAGGACAUGGAAAGAGAGGCAUGCUUGGACCCAAGAUCAUCUGGCACAGGCCGAUCGUGAAGUGGGAUAUGUAAUGUUGUGAACUGACCUGCCCUUCAACGAAACUCGAUUAUGACAGCGAAUGAGUCAACACAGUGAAAGUCAAACAAGAAUAAACUCAGUUGACUCAAUUAUAUGCGAAGGGAAGCCUCGUAGUGUCCACGG